CUUUGGCUGGACAAACUUUUUGUAGAUUAAUAUUUCCAUGUAAAACAAAAAAGUGAAACGCUCCCAUAAUAAUCAAAUUCCAUGAAAACAUAAUCCAAUGAAUGUCUUGUUUGUUUAUAACUUGGAUGUGAUUAUUAUAAUGUAGCUAUGUUUCCUAACUCUGAUGCUUUACAGCUUUAGUGACCUAUUUUACCCUGUUCUUCAUCUAAAAGCUAUGGCAAUAGUAAUGGAGGUAAGAAAUAUUAGGAACCUUUCUUACAUAUUAUAGUUACAUUAGAUUGCUACAUGCAAUAGGCAUUAGUAAUAAAAGUGUUUUAUGAAUCCUAUUCCAUGGAGGGCUGGAAACUUGGCAUUGAUGGAGGUGAGAAUUUAUACCAUGGAGUCCUGGGAUUCCUCCCCAAGUGGCAAUUUUUGUGUUCAGAGCCCUCAAUAACAUUUUAACAGUGGAUCAUCUUACAGCAUGGAAAGGACUAUCCUAAUUCGUGCAAGGCAAUCCCCAAGACAGUGGAUCAUCUCAUUAGUCCAUUUUCUGCUAAUCUGCUAUUUGGAUAUAAUCCUGUCUCAGUUUGGUUUCUGCUUAUCCCUGUGAUCCUUAGAAGUUUCAUUUCAAGCUCUCAAGGGCUUGGAGCUGGAGGAGAACAAGCUGUGGAGGAUUAUACCUGGAGCUAAUGAUGGGUGGAUCUUAGAGGAGAGAGACUGCAGAAUGUGUGACAAUUUGAUUGCUUGUGAAUGUAGUGGCAAAAGUAUUGUGUGUAAUGUAGUAUCUUCUUGGUGUUCUGUGUUGGAGGACUUCACUGGGGCUGGGAUGCAUAAUCUGAAUGUCUGAGUUUAGCCGUUUUACUCAUAGCCUCUACUUGUUGUUCUGUAUGGGUUUUUUAAAUUGCAAUGCUUUAGUUGCCUAUAUCUUAUGUUUCAGUUAUAUGGUACUAAAGAUGUUUUGUUGCGUUGCAUGCUGGUUUGUGACUGCAAAGAAUUUUAUUCUUUACCUAUAUUGAAUUAUUUUUAUCACAAAAGCUGUUUCUUGUGUUUAGUUUUUGCAUGAUGCAAUGCCUUCAAUAUAUAAUUUUAAAAUUUCCAGGAGCAUUGUUUUUUCCUGAUGUAUAGUUAUGUAUUUUGUGCCAUAUGCUCUUGCCUUCUUGUGUUCAUUUGAUUCUUGUUCACUACCAUGGAGCAUAAGGGAUAUAUUGUGGAGGGCAAGAGCAUUUUAAGUCUAGGGCGAACCUUCUAGGCCUCUGUCACCCAGAAGGAGAUGUUUAAUUUGAAAGGGUAGGACUCCACCCCUCCCUGGAGAAGAGAAAAGAGUGAGAACAAGUCAGGUGAAAUUUUAGAUGUCAACCUAAUAAUUUAACUUCUUUCAAGUCUGGAUGUAUCUCAUUUGGAUAAUUCUUCUGUUGAAUAAUCCUUUAUAAACAAUGCUAUCUUAU